AUGAGAAAAAUUCUCAUUAUUCUUUUCUUAAUCAUAAUAGCAAGUUCUCAAUUUGGCUUGAGGUUGACCAGAAGGCAGCUGUCAGUGUUUGAUGGAAGGUACUCAAAAGUCUAUAUUGGCUGUGCUGGAUAUAUUUUUGAUGUCACCAAUUCUCCAAGCUUCAAGCAAGGUGGGGAAUAUUAUUAUCUUAAAGGCAAAGAUCUCACAAUAGGCCUUGCAAAACAAAGGUUCGACUUAAAAAUCUUAGAACUUGACCCUAAAAAAGUCACUCUCACAGACGAAGAAAAACUGAUCCUCAAAGGCUGGACAAAGAACUUUUUAGACAAAUAUCCAGUUGUAGGUUACCUCAUAAUUUAG